AUGAACCGCAAUCAUUUAGACAAAAACUGGGGCAUGGUAAUUAAGAAUAUUUCUGAUGAGGAAGAUGAAUUACCUCUCGAAGUGGAAAUGCCAAUGCAAAUUAGACCUAAUACACAUUCUGCAAACUAUGGCGACCGAGAGAUUAACGCCUCUAAUGUGAACAUCGAAAUUGCUCGCUCUCCUUACCACUCACGAAGUGUUUCAAGAGCUUCAUCAAAGACAGAAAUGUAUUUUAAUGCUAAAAUGCAAAAGACACCCCGAGAACCUCAACAGGUUACCCCAAGAGAAGUACUUCCACCUCAAAUGACCCCUAAAGCAUCCAAUCAUUCAUCCCCAAGAGCCAUUAAUAUAUUCCCAACUGAUACAAAUCAAACAGAUCAAACGGAUGUAACCGAUAUACCAACAUUGGGUCACCAUGAUUCCAAUGUUAAAUUCAGUAAUAGUUUUCAAUACGACCACCAUCCUAGUCAAUUGAAGAAAAUCAUGACCAAAACAAAUAAGGAAUGGAUAGAACAACAACGUCCUGAAAUUCUUUCCCUUGUAAAAGAAGAGUUGGAACAUGACGAUCUUACGAACAUGAGAGAAAGAUUGAGACAAAUGGCAAAAGCCUUCAAAGAGGAAGAAAGGAAUAGAAACAAAUUUUCCAGAGCUUUUAGAAGAUUAAAAUUGUGGUGGGGAAGCCACAGAGCAACAAGAAUCAUUUCCCAUUUAAACCCUUUUGUAAAUUCAUUGCAAGUCAUUGAGAAGAGAUUUGGUAGUGGUGUUGCUACGUAUUAUGACUUUUUCUAUUCGGUAAUCAAGAUGAAUUUCUUUGUUGCUGUUUCUUCAUUCCUAUUAUUAAUUCUACCAUGGUUAUUGAGACCACUUGAUAAUUGGCCAGAUGUUUGGAAGUUGGAUUUCCUCAUGGGUCUAUUUGGUGUCAAGUCAAACAUAAUUGGACUGACAUGGUUCUUCUUUGGUGGUUAUGAGGAUAGACUUGUAUUGUUUUCAACAGUUAUUUGGCCAUUCGCUUUUGUUUAUGUGUUUGUGGUGAUUUUGAACUUUUCGAUUUGUAUAGUUUCUAUUUGUAUGAGUAUAGGUGCUAAGGUUACAAGUGUGUCACAUAUUGACGAAAAAAACACUAGAUACCUUGAGGCAGUCUUUAACAGUUAUAGUUUUGGUGUACAAUCCAAGGAAGGUGUCCAAGAUCUUCAAAGAUAUUUGGCCACCAAAUUGGCAGAGUACAGAAAUGCAGACUUUGCUAAAGAAAAGUCAGCUGCUCAAAAAUCUCCAAAAGAACUUGUAUUCUUGGUUUUUAAAAGAGCCAUUGGUAUUGCAGUGAGCGGCUUCUUUUUAGUAGGUACACCAGUGGCUGUCUACUUUAUUGUCCAAUAUUAUGAAAUUAUUAAUUCUGCUUUCCCUUUUACAACUUCAGUGCUGUCAUCAACAAUUUCCUUGCUCUUCCCAAUUAUUAUUUCAUACAUGGUCCACUUAGAAGGUUAUGCUGAAAGAGCUACAACAGAAUGGAAUAUUAUCAUUAGAACAUAUGUUAUCAAAAUGUCAACCACCGUUGCUUUGAUGGUGAGAGUCUUGUUCUUGGACGAAAGUGAUGGUAAAUGCAGACAAACUGAGGCAGGUUUAGUCUUUUGGCAAAUGAUUUGGAUCGAAUUUGCUGUGAGCAUUUUCAAAACAUUAAUUUUCCUUCCUGUUAGGUACAAUUUAAUGAGAUGCAUAACAAAAAAGAAAACUGAUGACGACUGGGAAUCAAAAAGAAGAGGAAAAGUUGAGUUUGAUGUUCCUGAAAACGUUAUCGAAUUGCUUUACAGACAGUCCUUAAUAUUCGUCGGUAUGAUUAUGUCUCCAAUGAUUCCAAUUGCUGGUUUGUUUUCAAACCUUGUUUUAUACUUUUGUAAAUAUUUGAUAAUGAGAGUUACUGCCAAAUUCCCAGACAAUCCAUAUGAAAGAGGUAAGAGCAGUCCUUUCAAUUUGAACAUGUUGCUCCUCACUUUUGUCUUUUGUCUGGUUCCACUUGGUUUCUUCUUGUUCCAAGCCUCAGGAAGUAACUGUGGUCCAUUCAGAGCUUCUGCUUUAGCAUCUCAACAAAUGCCAAUUGAAGCUGCCCUUACUGCCUUAAGUCUUGCAUUCACAUUUUAUCAAGAUGAGAAUGCAGCCUUAAAUUGGGAAAAUAUCUUAUUCUAUGCUGGUCACAAGAUAACUUUGGGUUCUUUGGUAGUCUUCUUUGUUAUUGUUUCCUAUUUCCUUUUAAAGUAUCUUAACAUGUUUAGAAUGAAGUACACUGCUGCCGAAUUGAGGGCCAAUUCUGAAAGAAAGGAAAAAUCUCAAAUCCUCAGAGAGUACGUGCAGAGGACAAAUCUUAAAUAUUAA